CCUAUUCAGUAGCUACGUGAAGUGAAGUGAUGGUGCAUAAGUGCUUGUUUAGAUAUAUUACACUUUUAUAAUAAUAUUGUAAUAAUAAAAAUGUAUUAUGGAAUUUGAGUAUGUGUGUUAGUUAGUUAAAAAAUAAUUGUGUAUAUAUAUAAAUGGCGGCUGACGAAAAAUGGUACUUUACAAAAGAACAAUUAGCAAAUACACCAAGUCGAAAAUGUGGUAUAGAUGCAGAUAAAGAAUUAAGUUAUAGACAACAAGCUGCUAAUUUCAUCCAGGACAUGGGCCAACGGCUUGUCGUUACGCAAUUGUGUAUAAAUACAGCAAUCGUUUACAUGCACAGAUUCUACGUAUUUCACUCAUUAUCGCAAUUUCAUAGAAAUUCAAUUGCAUCGGCUGCACUUUUUUUAGCAGCCAAAGUUGAAGAACAACCAAGAAAAUUGGAACAUGUUAUUAAAGUUGCACAUAUGUGUUUACAUAGAGAUAAUAGCCCUCUUGAUGUUAGAUCUGAGGCAUAUCAAAGCGAAGCACAUGAUUUAGUAUUUAAUGAGAAUGUUUUAUUACAAACAUUAGGAUUUGAUGUCGCUAUUGAUCACCCACAUACUCACGUUGUUAGAUGUUGUCAUUUAGUUAAAGCGAGCAAGGACUUAGCACAGACUUCGUACUUCAUGGCGUCAAACAGCUUACACCUGACAACAAUGUGUCUGCAAUACAAACCAACUGUUGUGGCUUGUUUCUGCAUUCAUUUAGCAUGUAAAUGGUCUAAUUGGGAGAUUCCUCAAAGCAAUGAAGGAAAAAGUUGGUUUUGGUAUGUAGAUCGGAGUGUGACGUCAGAAUUACUAGCUCAAUUGACGGCAGAAUUUCUUCACAUUUUUGAUAAAUGCCCGUCUCGUUUAAAGAAAAAAAUAAUGAGUAUAUCUGAAAGACAGAGCCCUAGUAUGCAUCAUCCAAGUUUGCCAAAUUCACCAUUUGACGCUGAACCACGUAAAGUUCAAGCUGUAGAUGAUGGUGGUCCCUCAUUUCAAUCGGCACGUCCAUAUCCAACUGAUGAAGAAAAGAAAAAACCAUCAUCAUCAUCGUCGACAGCCGCAGCAUCAGCGUCGGCAGCAGCACAUUCGACGUCUUCGUCAUCUUCAUCAGCGUCAUCGUCGUCAAAUAUACAACGGCCACCAACUGAUUAUCGUGAAUAUCGUGAUAAAAAAGAACGUGAACGUUUAGAACGUGAAAAAUUAGCAUCUAACAGUGGUGGUACUUUGUCACAAGAUUCAAAACAACAACACCAUCAUAGUCAUCAUCAUAAACAGCCGUCCUUAUCAACACCAUUAUCAAAUAUUACAACAUCGUCGUCAUCAUUAUCGACGACAUCUUUAUCUGGAGCGACUUCAGGAACAUCAAUGUCAGCAAAACAUCUAGCACUAGCUAAUCCAAAAGCUAAUAUUCACCAUAAUCACCAUCAUCAUCAUCAUAAUCGGCCAGAUUUUAAAUUACAAUCGUCAUCUCAAAGACAUUCAAAUUCUUCUUCAGCUACUCGUGAUUUAUCACGUGAUGGAUCACGACAACGAAUACCCAGAGAUUAUCCACAAGCACCAAAUUAUUCACACCAUCAACAACUUACUGCCACAAGUGGCCAUACAACGUCUAAAGAUUUAAAUUCAACAGCAAAUGAUUCAACAAAUGAUAUGAUGUUACCUCCAACACCGGAAAUAAAUCAACAUUCAAUUGAUAAAAUUAAUAAUAGUAAUAAUAACCACAGCAAUACUAAUCGUCAAGUACAACAUGAUAAACGUGCUUACGAUCCACGACAUAAAAUCAUUGAUCAUCGUAAAGAAGAACAAAAAAAUUCACAAUAUCCAAAUCCUCCUCCUCCACCUUCUUCUUCUUCUUCUACUUCUUCUUCAUUACCUCCACCUAAAUAUCCAGAACACAUGCGUUCGAAUGAUAGACUAUCACGUAAAUUACCAGAUUCAUUGGAACAACGCAGUGAAGAAGUGAGAAAACUUAUUGAAAAACCAUUGCCAAUACCCAAACCACGUGCCGAAAUACAAAAAGAAGAAUAUAUUGCUAGUAUGUUGAAACAAUCACAUCAUCCAAAUAAAUAUAGUCAAGAUAAUAAACUAGGACAUAAUAAUUCAAAUAGAAGCAUAUAUCCUCAUGAUUUAUCAAAACAAAUUGUCAAUAAAUCAUCAUCACAGAUGCAGCAGCAACAACAACAACAACAAAUGUUACAACAACAACAGCAAUUAUUACAGCAGCAACAACAACAUUCUCACAUGGCACAAAUAUAUAAUAAAGAUAAAAAUGGUACUGCAGCAGCAGCAAUAACAACAGCAGCAACUACAACAUCUUCAGGAGCAGCAUCAACAACAACAUCAACAAUAAAUCAAUUAAAUUUAAAUUUACCACUUGCUGGUGAUGAUAAACGUAAACAUGAUGAAUUAAACUCUCAAGUACCUUUAAUUAAACAUAAAUCAUUAUUUAGUCCAGAUAAAAUUACACCUCCACAAGAUAUACCGGCGUUAAAUCAACGUAAUAAAUUUUCAACAAAACAAAAAACACCACCAGUGUCAAAUAAAUUUAUCAAACAUGAAUUAAAUCAAGACGUAUUACCGGAUCUAAAUACUCAUUCAUUAUUUUCAAUGUCACCUGAUUUACCAAAUCAACAUUUGAAUACAAAACGCAAUGACUCUGAACAGCGCCAUCACCAUCAUCAUCAUCACCAUCAACAACAGCAACAAGAAAUAGGAAAAAAAAUUAAGUCUGAAGAUAAUAUAAAUUUAGAUACCAAAUCCUUACGAUUGCCAGAUUUAUUGAGUUCAACUCAGUCAUCAACAGCAACAACAAAUUUGAUGUCUGAUCAUUUAAAAUUACCCGAGCUAUUAAAACCAUUUGAUGCUGAUUUACAUUCAUGUCUAUUUAAUAAUGGCUUAGAAAUGGAUAUUAAACCAUCAAUUAAAAUUGAAAAUGAUUUAAGUCCGAUGAAAUCAGCACAAGGUAUCAGUGCAUUACUACAAGAACCAUUAGCACCAAUGCCGUCAUUAUUGCAAAGUAUAGGAAAUUCUGAUUUAGGUAUUUAUUCACAAAGCUCUAAUGAUUUAAAUCAAAGUCAAGAAUUAGUCACAACAAUAGUCACAACUGGAUCAACAACAACAACAACAUCCUCAUCAGAAUUAAAUAAAUCAUUAGCAGCAACAAACUUUUCCGAAUUACACAAUGAUGAGUCAUUUGUAUCAACUGUUGACAUAAGUGCGUUUUCUGCAGCCCCGAUAAUUGUUUCUGAAGUGCCAAUAACUAAUGCUACUCAAAUCCCAUCAACAGCAGCAGCAACAACAACAGUAACGACAGAUUCUUCAUCUGGAACAGGAUUAUUGACAAAUAAAAAAGUUGAUAAUCAUCACAAAAGUGAGAAAAAAAAGAAGAAAGAGAAGCACAAACAUAAAGAUAAAGACAAGGAAAAAAGUAAAGAUAAACAUAAACAUAAACACAAAGAUAAGGAUAAGCAUCGUGAUAAAGAUAGUAAAGAACGGAAAGAUGCUGCCAAUAAUGAUAAACGUGAUAGUAAUAAACAUGAGGAUAAUAACGUUAUGACAGCACCAAUUAAAAUAACAAUUCCUAAAGAUAAAUUAAAUCUUAUGGACACAACGACAAUUAGCAAUGAUAAUAAAAAAAAGAGUCCACAAAAUGCUAGAUUAAAAAUUAAAAUUCCUAAAGAAAGACUUAAAAAUCCAGAAGCAUCAUCAUCAUCAUCAUUGUCAUCAUCAUCAACAAUUACACCGGUUUCACGUGAUGUACAAGCUCCAUUAAAAAUUAAAAUUCGUACCAAUGCUACAAGCUCUGCUAAUCAAGAUUGUUACAAUAUUGAUAACAAUCGUAAACGUGAAAGAGAAGGGGAAAGUGCUUCACAACCUCCAUCGAAAAAAUUUCAAUACAGUAGUAGUGUUAAUCCUGCUAAUCAAUUAGUUGGACAGGUGAAUCAGCAACAGCAAUUACACCAUCAAUUGCAGCAGCAGCAACAACAACAACAACAACAACAACAGCAGAGAGCACCGAAUGAGAGGCAAAAUGGACGUCAUUAUAAUACAAGCAGUAAUAAUAAGGAUAAACAUUCGUCUCGAGAACACAAGAGUUCAAGUAAAUUGUCACAGUCACAGCAAUCACAUCCAACGUAAUAUUAAGACGUAAAUAAAUUAA